AUGCUUGCCAAUAUCGCUGUUGCAGCCACCGUGGGUGCAGGUGUUGCAGCUACGCGGAGGCACAGCUCAUGGCAGCUCAAGCCAAGGAUCAGAAACGUUAGUAGCCUGGCCCUCCUAUGCGUCUCAUUUUCUCACGAUGUCACAGAGAAAGAGUUAAACCAGCAAAACGAGGUGAACUACCAAGGAAAUUGUUAUGGAGGAGGACACGGUGGAGGAUGUGGUGGUGGAUACGGAGGCGGAGGACGUGGUGGUGGUGGUGGUGGUGGAGGACAUGGAGGAGGAUGUGGUAGUGGAUACGGAGGCGGAGAACGUGGUGGUGGUGGUGGCAGACAUGGAGGAGGAUGUGGUGGUGGAGGACAUGGAGGAGGACGUGGUGGCGGUGGCAGGCACGGUAGUGAAGCCAAUCCAUAA